AUGGAAUACCCGCCAACAGUUCAGCAGGUGACUGCCCAUCCUGCCUUCACGACAGCGAUAUGGGGCCUCAGGCCCACACAGUCAGGUCUUCUCCCUGUCGGUGAGGUGAGGACGACUCCUGCAAAAGUCAGCUGGGAAGUACACGGCCACGGGCCGCUCAAAAUUAUCUUCAUCUGCGGUCUGGGCCUCGCUAAAGCAGACUUCCAGAACCAGACCCUCUUCUUUGGGCACAACAACGGCGACAAGUACUCGCUCCUCCUCGUUGAUAAUCGCGGUCUCGGCGGCUCAGCUGCUGGCUGUCCCUUGCACCGCACCAGCACAUCGCACAUGGCUCUCGAUAUACUCGAAGUUGCUGACCACCUCGGCUGGACCGAUCCGCGACAGCUGCACAUCUGUGGAGGGAGCAUGGGCGGGAUGAUUGCGCAGGAGCUCGCGUUCGCGGCGCCCUCGCGGGUAUGCACACUCAGCCUGUGGAGCACCACGGCGCGGUACGAAAACACUUCAGAGUCGUGGUGGCAGGGAGUCAAGGAUAUGCUGGGGAUGGUAUGGCCCAAGACGCUGGAGGACGAAGUAAGACACAUCGCGAAAAUCGCAUACCCACCGGAGUGGCUGGCCGCGGAGGAUGAUGUUGAUCUCCCUGGACCGAUGACGCCGGGGCUCAACGGUCAGACACCGUUGAGGUUUGUGAACAACUAUGAACGAUUCGUGGCUGUGGAGGUGGCGAAACGGAAGACUCCCGGGAGUUUCACGUUCUCUGGGUUCGCUAUGCAUGCAGCUGCUGCGGCAACGCAUAGCAAGACGCCUGAGCAGCUGAGGAGUUUGGCUGAUGAGGUUGGAAGGGAACGAAUCAUGAUCGUGCAUGGCUCAGAGGAUAAAGCCAUGCCCGUGCUGCUAGGUAGGAAGUUGAUCGACCAUGUCCAGCCGGCACAAGCCUUUAUCGUGGAUGGACUUGCUCACGCGCCGAUUCAUGAGCGGCCCACAUGGUUCAACGAAUUGUUGGCAGGGAUAUUUGACAUGGGGGAGAAGAUGACUACACAUAUCGCUUGA